AUGGACACCUCCGCGCCGCCGCAAGACGAGGUCGCCCACGACUACUCCCCCUUCCUCCGGAUCUACAAAACGGGCCGGGUCGAGCGGCUCAUGGGCACCGACGUCACCCCUGCGUCACUCGACGCCAAAACAAAGGUCCGAUCCAAGGACGUCGUCUUUUCCCCCGACCACAACCUCGUCUCCCGCCUCUACGUCCCCGACGGCGUCAAGCCCAAUCAGAAGCUGCCGGUGAUCGUCUACUACCACGGCGGCGGAUUUUGCAUCGAGACCCCCUUCACCCUCAAGUACCACGAAUACGUCAACACCCUAUCGGCCCAGGCCAACGCAAUCGCCGUCUCGGUCGACUACAGGCUGGCGCCAGAGCAUCCCCUGCCCGUCGGCUACGACGAUUCGUGGGCCGCGCUGCAGUGGAUCGCGUCCCACGCCGGCGGGAGCGGCCCCGAGGAGUGGCUGAACUCGCACGCCGAUUUCGGCCGCGUGAUCCUCGCAGGGGACAGCGCCGGGGCGAACAUCGCGCACCAGAUGGCGAUACGGAACAUUGAAGGCAAGGUGUUCGACGAAAUGUCGCUGGGGAUGGUGUUGAUCCACCCCUAUUUCUGGGGGAAGGACCCGAUUGGGGGAGAGCCGGUGGAGGCGGAGAGGAGGAAGACGGUGGACGGGAUCUGGUACUUCGCUUGCCCGAAGACGAGCGGGUGUGACGACCCGUGGAUCAACCCGGUGUUCGACCCGAACCUGGAGAAGCUCGGGUGUGGCAGGGUGCUGGUGGUUGUGGCGGAGCGGGAUAUACUCAAGGAGAGAGGGAAAGAGUACUACGAGGCGCUGAAGAAGAAGACCGGGUGGGGCGGGGAGAUUGUGUUUUGGGAAGUGAAGGACGAAGACCAUGUGUUCCAUUUGCAGAAGAGUACUUGUGACAAUGCGCUCUCCAUGAAUACCAAGAUUGUUGAGUUCAUCAAUGGCGGAAAGUAG